AUGGAGAAGGAAAUCCCUAUUGUGUCAAGAUGGGGUGAGCUGUGUUUGGACCUGCUGGAUGAGAUCGGGGCAGCAUUGAGCAGGGACCACCAGGGCUCGCAGUUGUCCCGGCUGAAGGGCGAGCUAGACAGGAACCCUCCCAGCCUGAAGUCUUUGCGCCUUGUCAAUAGCCACUGGGAGCGAUGUGCCUCUGGAGCCGUCAAGUGCCUGACUUUGUCUGGGCAAUUGCCCCGGCAGGGAAUGAUAGAUUCGAUUAGACAGAAAUUCCCUUCGGUGGAUACCUUGGAGCUGCACCCUCCAGUCACCUGUCAAGAGAUCUCACUGCUGGAGAGGAUCCCCAGGUUGACGCACCUCGACGUGGACUCGAUGAACGUGCGUCUGAUCACGGACGCUCACCUGACGGCCCUGGCCUGCCUGACGGGCCUCAGGGGCCUCUGGCUGGACGGCCUGUGCAGCAACAUCACACCCACUGGUGUGAGCGCCCUGUCGGCUCUGACCAACCUGGAGGCGCUGGGCUUGCGCCACUGCAUGCCCAUCGUUGAUGAAGGCAUGACGUGUCUGGGGGUGCUCACUUCACUGUGGCAGCUCAACCUUGAGGGCACAGCGAUGCGUCACGCCAGCUUCGUGAACACCUUUCUGGCUCUUAAGGACCUCAACCUGCGGAGGUGCAUAACGAAUGAGGGUGUGACUGUGCUGGGGUCCCUGACAACGCUCACCAAGCUGAACUUGAGCGAGUGCCCGGAGAUCACAAACGGCAUAAGGUGCCUGUCGAGUCUGACAGGUCUCAAGGACCUGGACCUGCGUUGGUGUUGGGAAGUCACAGACGACGGCAUGAAGGGCCUGGGCCCGCUGAGAGCCCUGACCACAUUGGACUUGAGCGGCUGCGCCAAAGUCACUAAAUACGGCCUGCAGCACCUGGGGGGCCUCACUGCCAUCACCAAGCUGACGUUGGACUUGUGUAGGAUCACCAAUGACGACAUGAGGAUCCUCUCGGGCUUGACAGCCCUGCGGCAUCUUAGCGUGAAGAGCUGCGAGCGAGUCAGUCAGGACUCACUUCGGACGGUUCUGAGCUCCCUGACGACGCUCACCAUCGCAGGCCCAACAGAGUCCGGCCGGAACUAG